AGUAGAGACGGUCGGUAUUGGUCAGACGCGAUCAGGUCUACCUCGGUACAGUAAAGUAGCGCUUCGAAAUUCACGAGCGCAGCGUAUCGUAAGAGACAAUGUUCUUUAUCUACAUCGAUACCGACCAUGCCGAGCACAGUGGAAAUGGAUGGCAGUGGCCAGACGCGUCUGAUCUAGACCGUCCUUCUCCAUCAGAUGGUAGCACGGGUCCGUGAACGAGAAUAAUUCGAAAACCGACCAACUUAAACGCGCUGCCACUGCAAAAGCCGUUUGUAGUACGACACGUAACUAUAGUUCAAAAUUAAUUUUUUCUCGAUCGCGCGGUUAAUUAUUAAACGUUUUAUGCCUUUCGAAAUAAUUUUUCUUCCUCGGUGGCUUCGAUCACAUGGGCCGUUUACGCGUUAUUUCGAUCGAUAAUUGUCGUUUAUUCGAAUCGAAUUCAAUUCGAUACUUAACCUCCGGAAUGUCGUAAGCAAAGAUCAAUUCACCGAUGACGCGUAUCCACGAUCCAAUAAAACGCGAAACGAGUUUUUCAUCGUUUAAAUUGCUUUCGGCUAUGUAUGUUGUUUUCAAGGGUACGGCAACAGUGUUGUUUACAUCGAUAUCCCAUAUUCGUAAAAAUAGCUAGAGCCGAUGCAUUUCAAGAAAUUCACGAGGAGACACCCACGACAAAGCGGGUUAACGUGUCCGUGAUUUUUCGUCGCGACGAUCCAGAAAUAGUUACAGACGACUUUACCUUCGUCCCGUUGAAGCUCUCGCUAAGGAAAGUACACGCGACUCGAUUAUUGACUAGUUUCAACGAUUUUCGUUUCGCGUUCCGAUGACGUAUACGCGCACGUAACGAUCGUAAGUUCAAGAAACUCGAUCUUGACGCACGAAGCGUGUCCCGAAGAUAUGCAAUAAUAAGAUCGCCCCAAAGUUAGAACGACCGAAAUAUUUGUGGCAGACUUCGUUAUUGCAGUCGUUGUCCGGUUAAAUCAUGCUAGAUAGGCACGAUUCAGCUUGGCGAAGCGUUGGCAUUCCGCGUUCUCAAAACCGUUUUCAAGGAGAUAUCUACUCGAUCAGUCGCAAUCGGAUGAAAGGUGAAUCAGACGCAUUUUCGACCGCGAAUCAUUUGGCAAAGCUGACAGAAGCGAGUUGCCAUUAACAAAAACAGAAUGAAAGAUAGAGAAGGACGGAGAACGAGAAGCAAGAAGAUAGAGAGCCAAUCGUUGUAGACCGUUGACAAGUUAAAAACGGGCAAAGGUGGUUCGAACGUUCGCUCGAUCUUAACUCGAAUUACGUCCGUAGAAAGUAGAUGUGCUCUUUGACUCCCGUUAACCGAGAAGAAUCACCGGGUGUCUCACGCGAGAAUCAGGAGGGGAGGAUCAGAAUGAACGAUCCGUUGCCACAAACAACCGGUGACGUUGCCGCUCGCUAGUCCAUAAAUAUUAUUUGUGUUCGGUCCUGUAGCCGCGCUAGUUCGAUUGACGCGUGGCAGGUUCUUCGAGCCAGAGUGCCGUUCCCGAGACAAGCUGAGACAAGGUUCGAGUGGAAAUUAAGGAGAAACACGAAGCAUUACGUGGUUGAGACAGUGUAAUCGGUUGACGGAAACAGAUGUAAUUUCGGGGGUACGCUGUCAGGUGUAAUCGGUUGUUAAUCGGUGAAAUUAGUGCGCGGUGUUGCUCGAGAUGGCAGACACCGAGAAGAAGUACACGACGGCGUAUGGAAAGCUGAGAAGAUUGACGAGCACCAUAGAUGGACAAAUUCGACAAAUAAGCUCUGAAUAUGGGCUCACGGAGGAUCAGGUGGCUGAAUUCAAGGAGGCGUUCAUGCUGUUCGACAAGGACGAAGAUGGAACCAUCACGAUGGCGGAACUCGGCGUGGUCAUGCGAUCUUUGGGACAGAGGCCGUCUGAAACAGAGCUGGAGGAUAUGGUGAACGAGGUGGAUCAAGAUGGAAACGGUACCAUCGAGUUCAACGAGUUCCUGCAAAUGAUGUCGAAGAAGAUGAAGGGUGCCGACGGUGAAAAAGAAUUGCGCGAAGCGUUCAGAGUGUUCGAUAAGAACAACGACGGGCUGAUCUCAUCGAAGGAACUGCGGCACGUGAUGACGAACCUCGGUGAAAAAUUAUCGGAAGAGGAAGUCGACGAUAUGAUCAAGGAAGCAGAUCUGGACGGUGACGGGAUGGUAAACUAUGAAGAAUUCGUGACAAUCCUGACGUCAAAGAAUUAGUUCGGUGGCUCUGGAUCGGACAAGAAGCUAUUACAGCUGCCGGAAGUCUUCGACGAAGAACAGAAUCAAACUCGCGAUGUUCCUCCUUGCUCCAAACCAUAGCGAUUUGUGCGUACCUCACCAUCCAAGACAUCCCUGUGGAACCAUAGGAUUCUGAGCAACAGGAAAGCGUGAAUAGUCAUUGAUAAGCAAGAUCUGAAAAAUUUGUUCGAAAGAAGAUACGUCUGUUCAGCGUGCAAGAUUUUCUCCGCGCGAGGGUAAGUGGUACCGGAAGACUGUGAAUAUGGUGUCUCGAGUGGUGGGGUGACGGGGUGACGUAGCAGGAUGUCGAAAAAACAGGAUAGGGGAAGAGCGAAGGAAAAGGAGGAUGACUCUCGCAGUUGCACACGCAUACACGCAUACACACCUCGCUCCUUCGAAUUAAUUUUACAAGCAUAAGUUAGCGAAACGACACUGUACGUGAAAACGAGUGAGGUGCUCGCUCCCGAAACAAUCAACUGAGCUUCGUUUAGCGUUUACCUACCUAUUACCUAUACUCUCUAUUAAAUGCUAUACAACGUCGUUAUUGAUAUUGUUAGGAACCAAACGAUCUUUCUUCACCCCUCACCGGUCUCAUUUGCGCGACGGUCUCGUAAAUCGUUCAACGGCGGAUCACUCGUCGAGGGUCUGUAUUUCCGACGUUUAUUAAGCGUUGACCAGAGCUACGGAUUUUGAAAACGGUGUCGAUGCACCGAUAUCCGACUUCGAUCCGCAAUAGGAACGAUCGAGCCGUUCGUCAUCCCUUUCACCCCCAUCGUUCGAUCGGUAUUGUUCCUUCAACGUGGUUGAAUUCGCUUGUAAACAAGACGAAUCCCUUCGAUUUCUGUCAUAAACAUGCUGGCGUGCGAGUCUCGACACGAGAUAACUCUAUAAACGAUCUGUCUUCGAAUUUAGAUGAAUGUCGUUGGCAAGUAGAUUAGCUUUAACGACGAUAUACUUGUGGCAGAAUUUUUAGACGCACGUUAUGGCGACAUGCCAGAACGGUCGCUGGAAAGUAAGAAUCAAAGCAACCAGUAGCGGUCUUUCCUUUUCAACGUACAACCCUCAGAGCCCGCGAUUUUCGUGCGGUGUUAGUUAUCGAUCGUUUUGUAUCCGUAUCGUACGAAGUAGCCGAGAAUCUCGUAUCGCCCGUUCUCGUCGAUCGCGAGGCGAGCUUAGGAUCCUCGCCCGUGUCUAAAAACCCUUCUGUAUCGAACACCGUCCACCUAAAACCUCGACAUUCGAUCCCAUCCACCGAUCCAACCCGUACUAACUACGUCGUUGCACCCUUAGGUCCUUAAGAUGACAAGCCACAGCCGUAGUUCGCGAAUAGAUGGUAGUUAGUUAGCGCAAUAGAAAGGAGACACGUAAUAAAUGAUGCAUUAUACACAUACCUAUUAUAUAUACCUAUACAUGGUGUUACUACCGAAGGUACUUCAAGUAACGUUAUUAUGGAUAUUCAUAUAUAUACAUACAUAUAUAUGAA